AUGGCAUCGCCUCUGCCCUGGCUCUACAUUAUUCUAUGGGUAGAAAAUGCCUUAGGGAAACCUGAAGAUGAAGGAAACGUCUACUCCAGAAACAUCAGUCGGAUCCUGGACAACUUGCUUGAAGGCUAUGACAAUCGGCUGCGACCGGGAUUUGGAGGUGCUGUCACUGAAGUCAAAACAGACAUUUACGUAACAAGUUUUGGGCCCGUGUCAGAUGUGGAGAUGGAGUAUACAAUGGACGUUUUCUUCCGCCAGACUUGGACCGAUGAGAGGUUGAAGUUUGGGGGGCCAGCUGAGAUUUUGAGUUUGAAUAACCUGAUGGUCAGUAAAAUCUGGACACCUGACACUUUUUUCAGGAAUGGCAAAAAAUCAAUUGCUCACAAUAUGACAACUCCUAACAAACUCUUCAGAAUAAUGCAGAAUGGAACAAUUCUAUACACCAUGAGGCUUACCAUCAACGCGGACUGUCCUAUGAGGCUGGUUAACUUUCCUAUGGAUGGGCAUGCUUGUCCACUCAAGUUUGGGAGUUAUGCUUACCCCAAAAGUGAAAUCAUAUAUACAUGGAAAAAAGGACCACUUUACUCAGUGGAAGUCCCAGAAGAAUCUUCAAGCCUCCUUCAGUAUGAUCUGAUUGGACAAACAGUAUCUAGUGAGACAAUUAAAUCUAACACAGGUGAAUACGUAAUAAUGACAGUUUAUUUCCACUUGCAAAGGAAGAUGGGCUAUUUUAUGAUACAGAUCUAUACUCCCUGCAUUAUGACGGUCAUUCUUUCCCAGGUGUCUUUCUGGAUUAACAAGGAGUCUGUUCCGGCCAGAACUGUCUUUGGAAUCACCACUGUCUUAACCAUGACCACUCUAAGCAUCAGUGCCAGGCACUCCUUGCCAAAAGUGUCUUAUGCGACCGCCAUGGAUUGGUUUAUAGCUGUUUGCUUUGCUUUCGUCUUCUCUGCUCUUAUUGAGUUCGCAGCUGUCAACUACUUUACCAAUCUUCAGACACAGAAGGCCAAAAGGAAGGCACAGAUUGCAGCCUCACCCCCAGUGACAAUAGCAAAAGCGACUGAACCCUUGGAAGCUGAGAUUGUUUUGCAUCCUGAUUCCAAGUACCAUCUGAAGAAAAGAAUCACCUCUCUGACAUUGCCAAUAGUUCCAUCCCCCAAGGCCUGCACAGUCCUCACAAGAGCUCCCAUCUUACAGUCAACACCUGUCACACCCCCACCUCUCUCUCCUACCUUUGGGGGUACCAGUAAAAUAGACCAGUAUUCUCGGAUUCUUUUCCCAGUUGCAUUUGCAGGAUUCAACCUUGUAUACUGGAUAGUUUACCUUUCCAAAGACACGAUGGAAGUGAGCAGCAGUGUUGAAUAG